UCUCUCAUUCCUCCCCCCUUCUCUUCUUCUACACACACUUGUUUUUUAUUUGUAAAUAUUUAUUUAUAUUUUAUAUUUAUUAAUAUCUCCUCCUCUCUUAGGAGAAGAGUUUAAAUUUACAGCCAUGGGCAAGCCUUACUUGUUGCCUCUAAUUGCACUCAUCAUCUCACCCCUCUGUGGUUUUGUGCAAUCUGGUGACCCUUACUUGUUCUUCACCUGGAAUGUUAACUAUGCCACUCUCUCCCCUAUGGGUGUCCCUCAACAGGUCAUCACCAUCAACGGCCAGUUCCCCGGUCCCUGGAUCAAUUGCACCUCUAACAACAACAUCGUUGUUAACGUCUUCAAUAACCUCGACGAGCCCUUGCUCUUCACUUGGAACGGCAUUCAACAGAGGAAGAAUUCUUGGCAAGAUGGCACUUUAGGUACCAACUGCCCUAUUCCCCCUGGCACCAACUAUACUUACCAGUUCCAGGUCAAGGACCAGAUUGGUAGUUACUACUACUUCCCCACCACCGCUCUCCACCGUGCUGCUGGUGGCUACGGCCCCAUUAAUGUCCACAGUCGUAACUUGAUCCCCAUUCCAUUCAAUUCCCCUGAGGCUGAGUUUAAUGUGCUCGUGGGCGAUUGGUACUCCAAAGGCCAUGUUACGUUGAAGAAGUUCUUGGACAGCGGCCGCAGCCUUGGCAGGCCUGACGGUGUGGUCAUCAACGGCAAGAGUGGCAAUGAGGCUCCCAAGUGGAACCUCAUCCCUGGCAAGACCUACAGGUAUAGGAUUUGCAAUGUCGGGAUGAAGAACUCGGUGAAUGUGAGGAUUCAGGGGCAUACCAUGAAGCUGGUGGAGAUUGAAGGCUCACACACUGUUCAGAAUGUGUAUGAUUCACUUGAUAUCCACUUGGGCCAAUGCAACUCUGUGUUGGUGACUGCUGAUCAGACACCUAAGGACUAUGCCUUUGUUGUCUCGACACGGUUCACAAAGACCGUGCUGACCACCACCGGCACCAUCCACUAUGAAGGCAGCAACAUUCCAGCCUCAACAGAGCUGCCGGCUGCUCCAGGGAAUGCUCCAGAGGGAAUUGCCUGGUCCAUCAACCAGUUCCGUUCCCUGCGCUGGAACCUGACAGCCAGCGCAGCCAGGCCUAAUCCUCAGGGCUCAUACCACUACGGAAAAAUCAACAUCACACGCACAAUCAAGAUUGUGAAUUCAGCAAGCAGGGGUGAGGACAAGCUCAGGUAUGCUGUGAAUGGAGUCUCACACACCGACCCCGAGACGCCCUUGAAGCUCGCUGAGUACUUUGGUGUUUCUGACAAAGUGUUCAAGUAUGACCUCAUUAAGGAUGAACCAUCAGCGGACGCCGAGGAUCAUAUCACCAUUGCUCCCAAUGUUGUCAAUGGGACUUUCCGCAACUUUAUUGAGAUCAUAUUUGAGAACCAUGAGAAGAGUAUUCAGUCUUGGCACUUGGAUGGCUACUCUUUCUUUGCUGUCGCGAUUGAACCAGGGAGAUGGGCACCAGCAAAAAGGGCCAACUACAACUUGAUAGACGCAAUAAGCAGGCACACAAUCCAGGUAUAUCCCAACAGCUGGGCAGCCAUCAUGACCACCCUGGACAACUGCGGCAUGUGGAACUUGAGGUCAGUUUCCCUGGAGAGAAACUACUUGGGACAGCAGCUCUACUUCAGCGUCGUCUCCCCCGAACAUUCCCUCCGCGACGAAUACUUAUUGCCUGAAGGCCAACUGCUCUGCGGCAUCGUCAAGGACUUGCCCGUGCCGGCACCACCACCACCACCACCCGCCGAUGCCUGAUUCAACCUUCACCCUUCACUUGAAGAGUUGAUUCAUAAUAUUUUCAUAGCUGAGAUGGAGAUUCUUAGGGGGCUGAUGAUAAAACACUAUGUAAAGCAUGAGGCAUAUGAUGCAUGCAUGCGGUGCAGGUCUUAAGACAGAUUGCAAGUAGAGAUCAUAGAGUUACUACAGCCUCCAUAAAAGGGUAAAAAAAAAAAAAAAAGGUUUUUUUCUAGAAAAAAAGUAGUAGUAGAUUUGAUAAUAUGUUUGUUGAUUUAGGGUAAUUAUUAAUUACCCUACGGUUAGUUUGUAGAUUAUGUAAUUUUGAUAUGAAUAUCCAUCCCAUGUUUUUGUUUCUU